AUGGCAAAUGUAAUUGGAGCAGUGAUUUACGUCUAUAUGCAGUUCCUGCCGACACCGUCAUGUCUGAUUAUGAUUGGUCACAUCUGCUGGCAGCUUAGUCAUGGUUUCCCCGCAUUCGUUUACCUGCUCUUGAACCGCACAAUCCAACGUGAGGCACUCCGGACACUGGGAAUGCGAAAGGCGACAUGGGGCUGUGACGCCUAA